AUGUCCGACAGAAGAUCUGGCGACGAGUCGCGCGCAAAGCGUCAAAAGAUGGAAUCCGAUCCCGCCUCCAACCCUUACCUGGCACACAUGAACAACGGAGACGACAACGGCUACUCGAACGGCAGAUCCAACGGAAACGCCAAAGAUGGCCUCACCCACUUCAAGCGCCACACCACCACAGCCGAGCAAGCAGCAAAGGCCGAGGAUGGUCCCUCCAACCCUUUCAACGGCAACAACCUCUCAGAGCGCUACUUUGGUAUCCUGAAGACUCGCAGAAACUUGCCCGUCCACGCCCAGAGAAAUGAGUUCCUCCAAAUGUUUCAACAAACACAGAUUCUCGUCUUCGUCGGCGAGACUGGUUCAGGAAAGACAACACAGAUCCCACAAUUCGUUCUCUACGACGAUCUCCCGCACCAGCAGGGUAAGAUGGUCGCAUGUACGCAGCCUCGUCGUGUGGCUGCCAUGUCGGUCGCCCAGCGUGUCGCUCAAGAGAUGGACGUUACACUUGGUCAGGAAGUCGGUUACAGCAUUCGUUUCGAGGACAUGACUUCGCAAAACACCAUCCUCAAGUACAUGACCGACGGUAUGCUUUUGCGUGAAGCCAUGAACGACCACAACCUCAGCCGCUACAGCACCAUCAUCCUCGAUGAGGCUCAUGAGCGUACUCUAGCUACCGAUAUCCUGAUGGGCCUUCUCAAAGAGGUCGCCCAGCGCAGACCCGACUUGAAGAUCAUCAUCAUGUCCGCCACUCUCGAUGCCGAGAAGUUCCAAAAAUACUUCAACGAUGCCCCUCUUCUGGCCGUCCCAGGUCGUACCCACCCCGUCGAGAUUUUCUACACCGCCGAACCCGAGAGAGAUUACGUCGAGGCCGCCAUCCGCACCGUUCUCCAGAUCCACGCUACCGAGCCAGAGGGCGAUAUCCUGCUCUUCUUGACUGGUGAGGAAGAGAUUGAAGACGCAUGCAGAAAGAUCAGUCUCGAGUCAGAUGAGAUGAUCAGAGAAGCAGACGCUGGCCCACUGAAGGUCUACCCUCUUUACGGUUCUCUGCCUCCUGCUCAACAACAGCGCAUCUUCGACCCUGCACCUGGACCUUUCCGCGCUGGAGGUCGUCCUGGUCGCAAGAUCAUCAUCUCCACCAACAUUGCCGAAACUUCGCUUACCAUCGACGGUAUUGUCUACGUUAUUGAUCCCGGAUUCAGUAAGCAGAAGGUCUACAACCCCAGAAUCAGAGUCGAGUCCCUGCUCGUCUCGCCCAUCUCCAAGGCUUCAGCCCAACAGCGUGCUGGUCGUGCUGGACGUACCAAGCCUGGAAAGGCUUUCCGUUUGUACACCGAGGCCGCAUUCAAGAAGGAGCUCAUUGAUCAAUCAUACCCCGAAGUCCUGCGUUCAAACCUGUCAUCGACAGUUCUGGAAUUGAAGAAGCUUGGAGUCGACGAUUUGGUACACUUCGAUCUUAUGGAUCCUCCCGCACCCGAGACACUCAUGCGUGCUCUGGAAGAGCUAAACUACCUGGCUUGUCUGGACGACGAGGGUGAGCUGACCGAGCUUGGUCGCAUGGCUUCAGAGUUCCCUCUGGAUCCUGCUCUCGCCGUCAUGCUCAUCUCUUCCCCAGAGUUCUACUGCUCCAACGAGAUUCUCUCCCUCACAGCACUUCUCUCGGUCCCGAACGUAUUCGUACGACCAAACAGCGCUCGCAAGCGUGCCGAUGAGAUGAAGGACUUGUUUGCCCACCCCGACGGCGACCACCUUACCAUACUCAACGUCUACCACGCCUUCAAGUCACCAGCAGCACAAGAGAACCCCAAGCAGUGGUGUCACGAUCACUUCUUGUCAUACCGUGCCUUGCAACAGGCCGACAACGUUCGCAUGCAACUCAAGAGAAUCAUGGAGCGCAACGAGAUUGAGCUCAUGUCAACACCUUUCGAGGACAAGAAGUACUACGAGAACAUCCGCAAGGCUCUGGUCUGUGGUUACUUCAUGCAAUGUGCCAAGCAGGACUCUGGCAAGAAGCAGUACAUUACCGUCAAGGACGAGCAGACUGUCUUGUUGCACCCUUCGACGGUGUUGGGCACUGACAGCGAGUGGGUGCUGUACAAUGAGUUUGUUCUUACAACAAAGAACUACAUCCGUACAGUGACAUCGGUGCGUCCUGAAUGGUUGUUGGACAUUGCACCCAAGUAUUACAACAUUGAGGACUUCAAGAAGGGAGACAUGAGAACAUCACUGCAAAGAACGGCGGACAAGAUGAGAAGAAAGGAGAUGCUCGCUGCGGGCAAGCGCUAA